AGAUCCAACCUCUCAUUUACUGAGGCCCUGCCGGGAUACUUAAGAAGCUUUCCAGCACGGUGCAUGCCUUUAGAGGAACUCUUUGGCUCUGCGAACAUAUUUUCUAAUUUUAUCACCAAAGAAACCUGGAAGACUUAAGGAGUUCAAAAUGUCCAUCGCCCAGGCGGCGGCCAAGGCCAUGCUAUCUGAUGCCCUGCUGCAGGGCAGCCCCGGGAUAAACCGGCUCAGCCAUCUGGAGCUGGAGCUUCCUCUGGACAAGGUCAUCAAGUUUGUGUCAGUCGGCCUUCCGCUGCUGCUGGUGUGCAUGGCCUUCGCCCGCGAGAUCUCCCUGGGGCCUCAGAUCAGCUGUUUCCCUCCCAGCAAUUUCACCAUCAAGCAGGCGAGCUACGUAGACACGUACUGCUGGGACUCUCUCAUGCAUCAUGAGUUUGACAGCGCUGGGAACUUUGAGGAGCGCUCGCUCUGGGUUCACAAAAUGUUUCCUUACUCUCUUCUGGCCAUGGCGAUGUUGAUGUACCUGCCGGCUCUGAUCUGGCGCCAGCUUGUCAUGCCCUCACUGGGCUCAGACCUGCUCUUUAUCAUCGACGAACUAGAUAUGUCGUACAAUCGCUCUGUCCGACUGGCCCAGAACAUUCUGGAGAUGCGCCAGACCACUAAGAACCCCCUCACAUUUCAAGCUGAACUGGAACGGGCCAAGAAGAAGCGAUACUUUGAGUACCCUCUCCUGGAGAGAUACCUGCAGUGCAAACAGAACUCCUACUUCCUCGUUAGCAUGCUUUUCUUGCGUGGCUUCCUGCUCCUGACCUUCAUGACAGCUGCCUGCCUCUACCUGGCCUACUUCCACCUGUCCGCCUUCCUGCAGGAUGAGUUCAGCUGCUUCGUCCGAACAGGCAUGCUUAGGGACCAGAACUGGGUCCCUGAACUGGUUCAGUGCAAAAUGAUCGGUCAGUUGGUUUUUCAGGUGAUAAGCGUGGCCAAUGGUGCCAUAUACGCACUGCUGGCUCCCAUCGUCCUCUUCAGCCUGAUCCGGCUCUUUGUGUGGGACACGACCUUCAUCUCCGUCUAUGAGCUCCUCCCGGCCCUAGACCUCAUCAACCGCCGGCGACUCGGCUGCCCGCUAAACGACCUCAACGUCCUGCUGCUUUUCCUGCGCGCUAAUGUGGCUCACCUAAUGUCCUACGGGAAGGUGAGGGCUCUGUGUUCCCUGGCACCGCCACAGGUGGGCAAUGCCAACACAAGCCAGGGACUGAACGCCAUGCUGAGCCAAGAGGAGAUGGAGGAGCGUGAAGAAGCCGCGAUGGAGCUGGCAGAGGCGGUGGAGGAGGCCAAGGAGGAAGGGAAGUUCAACCUAGUAGACAUCAUGACCAUUCUGGGAGCAGCACAGGGGAGAGUGGUAAACUGCAGCGAGAAGAGGCCUCUGGUGGAGGAAAAUAUGAGUCUUGGUACCGUAACACUUAUCUACACACUCAAACGCAUUCUGCUAGUGGCUAUUUUUGUCUACAUCAUUUGGGAUGUACAGAAAAUCAUUAAGUGACUCCAACACUACACAUGCAGUCUUUGAAAAUAAAUAACAAGUGCUUUACAUAUAAGUUAGCCUAAGCAUUUCUCAGAGAACAGACACUGCAUACUGAAUAUGGUCAUAUAAAUAAACCUAUGUUUAUUUUAUUAUUUUAUCCAAAUGGACCUGAGGAGGUAGUUUGAGAAACAUGUAUAACUGCAGACAAAUUCAGGUUGAAUUCAUAUACCAUUGUUUGGUAAUUUUACUCUUUAUUGUCUGGAACUCUCUUGCCUUUGCUCUAUAUUUCUAAAGCCAGAUUGAACUGCCUAUGUUUCUAAAAGAGGAUUUUUAGAGCACUGGAUAAUGUAGAAGAGAUAGAUUUGUGGUACUUUCUAGCCCUAACUGCCCUCUCUGUCUCUUCACAGAGCCAAACCACCAGGGCUACCAUGAGUUGAAGGAGACUGCACCAUUUAGUCAUUACUAGGCCUCCAAUGGACUGAAUCAAUGUGAUAACCAUGGGAGGGGUUGGUACAGUAGAUUUUCAAGAGUACUGUGUCCACAAAGACUGUGGACAUCAUAAAGGGUUUCUUUGGUCUGAUGACCAAAAAACAACUCUUUUGGAAUUACAGGGCAAAUUGUUCUGGCUAGACAUCUCAAUGUAUUUGGAUUUGUCAGUUUUCAGCAUGUGUGCAUUUGUAGCUGCCACAGACAAACGUCCUACUUUGGUCCCAUGUAUUGUUUAGGAGGCCAGCAAAGGCUAUAUUUUGAAGGAGAGCAUGCAAGAGACAGUGGCUGUUGUAAUUAUGGUAUAAGAAAACCUAAGAGCAAAGUGACUACAUACAAAAUACACAUUUGUCAUUGUGACUGGGUUAGAUUGUGAGAGUUGUGAGUCAAUUGAGAGACAGAAAGACAUUUUCAGUGGCAACAAAAGAUUCCAUUGACUGUUCAUGAACUUAAUAAGAUUUAAGGUGUUUGAUAUUACUUACUACUUUUUUUGGCUUCCUACUAUUUACUUUACGAGCAAACUCAAUUUUUAUUUGUCUGUGAAUUGGCAAAGUGUAUUCUGUGUAAUUCUAAAUAAAUGUCGUUUGUGUA